AGGGAGGCCGGUCCCGCGGGCGGGGGCGGGGCCCGCUCCGCGGCUUCUCCCGCCGCCGCCGCCGCCGCCGCCAAGGGGAGUUUCCAGGAAGUGGCCAUAUUGGAUCCAUUCAGCCGCAGCCGCCCGGGCGGAGCGCGUCCCGCAGCCGGCUCGUCCCCGCCGCGGCCCCGGCGCUCCCCGCAGCCCGCCCGGUGCGCAGCUCGCCCGCCCGGUGCGCAGCUCGCCCGCCCGGUGCGCAGCUCGCCAUGGCGGCCACCGACCUGGAACGCAUCUCGAAUGCAGAGCCUGAGCCCCGGAGUCUGUCCCUGGGCGGCCAUGUGGGGUUUGACAGCCUCCCUGACCAGCUGGUCAGCAAGUCAGUCACCCAGGGUUUCAGCUUCAACAUUCUCUGUGUGGGGGAGACUGGGAUUGGCAAGUCCACACUAAUGAACACACUCUUCAACACAACCUUUGAGACUGAGGAAGCCAGUCACCACGAGGACUGUGUACGCCUGCGGCCACAGACCUACGACCUCCAGGAGAGUAACGUGCAUCUCAAACUGACCAUCGUGGACGCCGUGGGCUUUGGGGAUCAGAUCAAUAAGGAUGACAGUUACAGGCCCAUAGUUGACUACAUCGACGCGCAGUUUGAAAACUAUCUGCAGGAGGAGCUGAAGAUCCGCCGUUCCCUCUUUGACUACCAUGACACGAGGAUCCACGUUUGCCUCUACUUCAUCACGCCCACCGGGCACUCCCUGAAGUCCCUGGAUCUGGUGACCAUGAAGAAACUAGAUAGCAAGGUGAACAUAAUUCCCAUCAUUGCCAAGGCUGACACCAUCUCCAAGAGCGAGCUCCACAAGUUCAAGAUCAAGAUCAUGGGCGAGCUGGUCAGCAAUGGAGUCCAGAUCUACCAGUUUCCCACCGACGACGAGGCUGUUGCAGAGAUCAAUGCGGUCAUGAAUGCACACCUGCCUUUUGCUGUGGUGGGCAGCACAGAGGAGGUGAAGGUGGGCAACAAGCUGGUUCGAGCACGGCAGUACCCUUGGGGAGUGGUGCAGGUGGAGAACGAGAAUCACUGUGACUUCGUGAAGCUGCGGGAGAUGCUGAUCCGGGUGAACAUGGAGGACCUCCGGGAGCAGACCCACAGUCGGCACUACGAGCUCUACCGACGCUGCAAGUUGGAGGAGAUGGGGUUCCAGGACAGCGAUGGUGACAGCCAGCCCUUCAGCCUCCAAGAGACAUACGAGGCCAAGAGGAAGGAGUUCCUGAGCGAGCUUCAGAGGAAGGAGGAAGAGAUGAGACAGAUGUUCGUCAACAAAGUGAAGGAGACAGAGCUAGAGUUGAAGGAGAAGGAACGGGAGCUCCAUGAGAAGUUUGAGCACCUGAAGCGGAUCCACCAGGAGGAGAAGCGCAAGGUGGAGGAGAAGCGCCGGGAGCUGGAGGAGGAGACCAACGCCUUCAACUGCAGGAAGGCGGCCAUGGAGGCCCUGCAGUCCCAGGCCUUGCAUGCCACGUCACAGCAGCCCUUGCGGAAAGACAAGGACAAGAAGAAGCCUGCUUCUCUUCGUCCAGGACCAGUCUGGCUUCUUCCUGUCCUUCUGAGAUGAUGGUUCAUUCAGAGUGAGCUGGAGAGGAAGGUUGUUGUGAGUCCACUGAGGCACAGCUCCCCAAAGGCCGCCUGUACCUGGGAGAGGCUCCACACAGUAGGAGAAUAGUACAUGUUGAUGCUCUGAGGAAAAAUCCUCCAUAACCAGGGUGGAUCCUGGCUGCAAGGCUGGACUCUUGAACGAUUUACAAAGACUGCUUUAAGCAGAAAAAUAUAAAAUUAGGUUCAGACCUUGGAAGCCUUGUGUGCUCCGCCCCUAGUCCGCCUCUGGUCAUGGCAGGACUGAUGUUGGACUCUGGUGUCUGAGGCAGAGGUGAACUGCAGGCCAGGGGCUCCUCUUAGGGAAACUGUGUAUCUGAAGGUGUAUUCACUUCGGUCCAAGCCUGACCUCAGAGCGGCCUCUCCUAGCCAAUAUGUUUAGAGACUAGGAUGAGCCAGCGGGCUGUACAAGAUAGGACUGCUGACUCACGGUCCAUGCCGGGACUCUGGAGCCAGCAAAUUCCCCUGCUGUCACCUGCAGCUCACCAGCCACGACGGGAAGGCUGCUGUGGUCAGUGCCCACCCUUUGGCCCAAAGCUUGCCAGCAUCCCUGGGGAGACCUGACUUGCAUUUUCUAGAGUCUAAGUUGCCCACCCCCCCAUGGAUCCUGUCAGCCAUGGCAAACUUUUCCCCUGCUGUGUGGAGUUCCAUUAUCUUUAGCUGAGGUUACAUUAAUCCUUGGUGUGCAAGAAAAACCCGAAGCUUGCCCUUGGGGGACGUGACCCUCAUGUCCAGCUGAGAUUGACUCCUCAUUUGUUGGCUCCAUGGGGACUGUCAUAGGAUCAUGUUGACAUUUGCUGUUACGUUUUCCUUUAGUCAUUCUGUGUUGUGGUAGAAUCACUGUGUAAGUUAUAGUUCAAGCUGGACUUUUGAGAGAGAAAAGAUCCUGUUAAUAAUCAUGCCAAGGGCUGGAGAGAUGGCUCAGUGGUUAAGAGCACCAACUGCUCUUCCAGAGGUCCUGAGUUCAAUUCCCAGCAACCACAUACAUGGUGGCUCACAACCAUCUGUAAUGAGAUCUGGCGCCCUCUUCUGGCCUGCAGGGACACAUGCAGGCAGAAUACUGUAUAAUAAAUAAAUAAAUCUCAAAAAAAAAGAAAUAAUUAUGCCAAAUCCCUAGGCUCUCAGGAGGCUGAGGCAGGAGAAUCAAAAGUUCAAGGCCAAACUGGGCCACUUAACCAGAUCCCGUGAUAAAUUAAAAACAAAAAAACAAAAAAUGCUGGGCAUGUGACUCAUUGCUAGAGAACUUGCCUCGCAUGAUUGGGGACUGAAUUCUCUCCCCAGCACUAAGCAAAGAAACCCAACUCAGCAGCCACCAAGUAGGUGUAUCUCAAGCCAACCAGGGUGUGUGUUCUCCCUCGUGCUGGGUGGCCUGAAUCCAGGCACCUUGUGAUUAUGCACACUGACCCCGUACAUGUUCCGUGUGUGUGUGUGUGUGUGUGUGUGUGUGUGUGUGUGUGUGUGUGUGUGUGUGUGUGUGUGUGUGGACUCCCCUUGCUUGGGGCUCCUACUGGGGAAGCGCCCAGGAAAGCCGGCCUGCUUGUCUGUUAUGUUACCAUGCAUUUCUAAAACCACUUCAGUUGUUAACCAUUGCCGCUCCAUCCGCUCCAUCUGUUGUCGUUGACUUGUUUCCGUUCCUUCCCAUCCACUUUGUACUCAUUUGUUUUCAUUAAAUUUUGCAUUUAUUUUGA